GCUGAGACAUACUAACAGUAUCGUCAAACUAGCUGCUUAGGCAAGGUCACCUAGGAGUAAUACAGACUCAAAAAGCAUAAGCUCUACUGAUCCUGUUGGAGAUUUGCAUGUUCUAAGCUGUACACAAUUAUUUGAGGAAUUUUGAUACAAAUAUUAAAUCUAAGUCAUGUAAACGUGCCUUCAAUUUGAAAAGAAGUGAAUGAAAAUUAUCACAAAAAUAUAGCUGUCAGCGUCUUAGAUAUUGUGUGUUGUGCGCAUGUUCUGUGAGAAUGUCAGCGUUAUUUAUUCACGGUUUUGUGAAUGCGAGAGCAUGUCUCUUAUAUUUUCGGUGAUAACAAAUAUCGUUUAUCGCUCAAAACAGGAAAUUUCAAUGUUAAAGAAACGUCAUUAAAAUUUAUGUAAAAACAAACAUUUGAAGCAAACAUAAUGGCCAUAAAUCCAAAUAUAAUAAUACUGCUGUUUAUCUAGGGUAACAACACUCAGUUAUCAAGUGUUCCUUACCCUUUUAGCUCCAAUUUUAUCACAUUGUUUUGAUAUAUAUUCUUAAAACUGUAUUAGAGAUUUAAAAAAAAUCUUGAGGUGUUUGUCACUUUAGCAAAAUGAGUGUUAAAAUUCUCGACAUGAAUAAUGCUCUUGAGGAAAUAAAUAAUAUAAAUACAUCUGAACCAUAUGACUCGAGAAAUGGUUUCACGAUUGGCUACAACUAUGAUUGCAAAGAAUCCAACUCAAAAUUGUUCAAUACAUCAGACAACCUCCCAGAAAUUGACAGUAAGAACGAAAAAAAUGAAGCAGUACACGAACAAGCAAAAUCAGUAGUUGUUAGUUAUACAUCUGGCACUAUGGCAAAGAGUAAAAUUCAGAAUCCAUAUGUCAACAAGACUUCAUCCCAUUUGCAAGAUUUGAGCAUUUGGAGCUCAGUUUGUGGUCAAAAACAAGUAUUGCUUUUAGUUUUUAGCUUAAUUAUUUUAUUGUUGGGUUCAGCACUUGGGUACAUAAUCUCAAAUUUUAUUUCAAACAAAUGCGAACCGGAACAUGCUAGCAUACAGUAUGCUAGAAACAAAAAUAUCUGUUUAUCUCAAGAAUGUGUUAGAACAGCAUCGUCUUUAUUAGCAGCUAUGGACCGUAGUGUAGACCCUUGCAUUGAUUUUUUUCAGUUUGCAUGUGGAACAUGGAACAAAAAACACGUGAUACCUGAGGAUAGAAGUUCAAUAAGCACUUUUGAGGUGUUGGCUGAUCAACAGCAAGUCAUUCUUAAAGGAGUUCUGGAAGAGGCUGUUAAUUCAAAUGAUAACAAAGCUACUAUCAAAGCAAAAAUGUUUUAUAAGAGUUGUAUGGAUUUACAACAAAUACGGAAAAUAGGUAUAAAACCUUUAAGACAAGUGUUGAAAUUACUCGGUGGUUGGCCUGUCAUCGAAAACAAUUGGAAUCCACCAAACACAAGUGUAGAACAUUUGUUAGGUUUAUUAAGGGGAGUUUAUAGUGAACCAGUUUUAGUAGAGCUUUAUGUUGGCGCAGAUGAUAAAAAUUCUUCAAAAAAUAUUCUUCAGAUUGAUCAAUUAGUUUUAGCCCUUCCAUCGCGUGAUUAUUACUUAAAACAAAGUAGUGAAGGGGAUCUCAAAGCGUACCACCACUAUAUGACACAAAUAGCUAUACUUUUGGGAGGAGAUCCGAAAAAAGCUUCAAAGGACUUGACGGAGGUAGUUGAUUUCGAAGUUCGCCUGGCCAAUGCAUCACUACCUGAAGCAGACAGACAUGAUACUAGCGCGAUAUACAAGAAAAUUUCACUACUUCAAUUGCAACGUGAGGUACCCCAAAUAAACUGGCGUGAAUAUUUACAGACGACUUUAGGAAGUGUACAACUGGAAGAAAAUGAAGCUAUUGUCAGUUACGCAAUGCCAUACUUGGUUGAAAUGGGACGUAUUCUCAAUGAGACAGAUAAAAGAAUAGUUCAUAAUUAUGCAAUUUGGCGCUUUGUAAUGUCAAUAAUGACUCACAUGAUAGACGACUAUCAAAAAGAAAGAGUAGAGUUUAGAAAAAUUUUGCUGGGCAUUCAAUCAGAGAGACACAGGUGGUCUCAAUGUGUGGAAUGGACUAACAAAAAAAUAGGAAUGGCUGUAGGAGCUUUAUUUAUUCGAGACAACUUCAAUCAAGAAAGCAAAGAAACCGCUCUGGAGAUGAUUCACACAAUACGAGCAGCAUUUAAUGAACUUUUAGCGGACAUUCAUUGGAUGGAUGAUGAAACACGGGCAGUCGCUAAGGAAAAAGCUGAUGCGAUGAAUGAGAGGAUAGGAUACCCGGAAAUACUGACCAAUGCAGGAGAGCUCGAAAAGGAGUACAUAAACUUAACAGUUUCCAAAGAUCAUUUUAUGAACAAUAUUUUAAAUAUUCUACGUUGGGAUGCUGAAAGAAAUCUACAGUUAUUGAGGAAACCCGUAGACAAAAAUAAAUGGGCGACAGAACCUGCAGUGGUGAAUGCAUUUUACAAUCCAAAUAAGAACGAUAUUGUUUUUCCAGCUGGAAUUCUUCAACCGUUAUUUUACAGUCAACAUUUUCCAAAAUCACUCAAUUAUGGAGGCAUAGGAGUCGUCAUAGGUCAUGAAAUCACACAUGGUUUCGACGACAAAGGACGACAGUUUGAUAAAGAUGGCAAUAUGAUGCAAUGGUGGAAUAAUGCCACGAUAAAAGCUUUUCGCGAAAGAGCGCAGUGUAUCAUAGAUCAAUACUCUCGGUACAAAAUUAAUGAAGUUAACAUGUAUAUGAAUGGAAGAAUGACGCAAGGAGAGAAUAUUGCUGAUAAUGGCGGAUUAAAACAAUCAUUCAGGGCUUACCGGAAAUGGGUAAAACUACACGGCCCCGAGCAGGAACUUCCCGGAAUGAACAUGACACACGAUCAACUGUUCUUUUUGAAUUAUGCUCAAAUUUGGUGCGGUUCAAUGAGACCCGAAGAUGCUUUGACGAAAAUUCGCUCAUCGGUACAUUCACCAGGGAUUAUUCGAGUUAUUGGUCCCCUAUCUAAUUCAAAAGAUUUUGCAGAAGCAUAUGAUUGUCCCUUGGGAUCCCCGAUGAAUCCAUUGAAUAAGUGUAGUGUAUGGUGAAGUAACACAGAAAUAUCAGUCGGAGUCAAAACAUUUUUUAAAUAUCAUGUGGAAUAGAUAACAAAAUGUAUAUUUUAUCACAAAGAAAAUCGAAAUUUAAUAUGCUUAACAAAAUAUAUUAUUAUGUUCAAAUCAGGUCACAACAUCAAAGAAAUACAAGAUCAAAAUGUAAAAAAUCAUCAAACAUGCAAAAGUUUAGAGGGGUGAAAAAACAUAAAAAAGCGCCGCAAAAAAGUAUUCAAAAUGCAUUUUAUAUCUAUUCAUUCACAAGAACUGCUUCAAUUGUCAAUGCUAGUUUUAAUCUAAUCAGGAAUGCGAAACUUUUAUAUGCUGACAGUUGUUUCGCUAGAUUUUUUUCAUGCUUAAUUAAAAAAAAACAUUAUUAAAACAUUAUUUUAAAUUAAGAACCUGUAUAAAAAAGAAGCGAAUAAGAGUUAAUAUUGCCGCAAAAAGCAAAGAAUAUUCUCUUACGAGUUUGUUUUUGGAAAACAUUGCAUCCCUUCAGCAAUAUUGCGUUUCUACGCAUAACUUUCCAAUGAUAUUUAUACAUUUAUAAAUUUAACUUUAGUUUGUAAAUGUUGGCUUAAGCCUAGAGUCACGGGGUCCUCACUGAAAUCAAAGAUUGGCCCAUCAAAAGGCCCGGGGGUUCCCAUUAGGGCCCAUUAGGGUGCCAAGAAAAAAUGAUAAUUUUGGAAAAUCUUAAUAGAUACCCCCUGGCUCAAUUCUUUAGGUAAAAAAAAGUAACUGUGCCAAUUUUGAGCCAAACCGGUUUAAGUAAAGGGUUCGCUUUUUAUCGUUGAAGUUUAUAUGAGGAAAAUCGCGAAAUUAUAUGGGGAAAAACAUCGCUUAAGAGUUUUGACAGCAUGUGGCGCAGGUCUCGCCCAUUUUUUUUCAAGUGUGAGAUUUUUGUAGGAAUUCAAAGUCCUACAACUUUGUUGAAGAGUGCAAGAAGAUCCGAGUUGAUCCUGAUGAGUUAUAAGCAAUGCGAUGAAAAGAAAUUGGCUGAUAUACUUGAAAGUAUAAAAAGGGGAAUAUAGGACGUAUAUAAGAUAAAACCUUUUUCUAAAAACAAAUUAUCAAAAAUCAGGAUAAACUCGGAUCGUUUUGCACCCUUGAUCAAAAGUGUAGGGAAUUGAAUUUCCUGCAAGAAUCUCACACUUGGACAGUUUUAGGUGAGACCUGCGCCACCUGACAGAAAAAUACUGAAACGAUGUUUUCCUCAAACAUUUUCGCGAAUUUUUCCAUAUAAACAUCAACGAUAAAAAGCGACCCCGUAACAUUAACAGAUUUGGCUCAAAAUUGGCGCAGUUACUUGUUUUUGCUUGUAUUUGGCCGGAACCGUGGUGUACGGGUAAGCAUGGUUGCCUCUCACCCAGUCGGCCUGGGUUCGAUCCCAGAAGGUCCCGGUGGCAAAUGUUGAGACGAGAUUUGUCUGAUCACGCCUUCCGUCGGAUGGGGAAGUAAUUGUUGGCCCCGGUCUAACCUAGAGGUUAGGUCGAUACACUGAAAGCCCGACCAUGGUAGUUUUAAGAAAAUAUGCUAAAAAUGCUGCUUAUUAAAUUAACUGUGGCUUUUUGGUGAAAGUAAACGCAAAUAUGGUAAAAUGUACAAUGCUUCCACAAAAUUGCAUGGUAGCUAAUACGAAAUCAUUAUCAUUCUCUCCAUAAUCGAGGGUUAAAAUUACCAUACCGCUCUCGACAUAGUAAAACUGACUGCGUUAAUCAGUCAAUCCAAGCACGGAAUGUUUUUAGCAAAAAUACGUCGGUGCGUGUUCUCAAUUUAACCCUACAAUAUGGUAGCAACUACCAUGGUUGGGUUUUCAGUGUAGCGCUCAGUCCAGGUGUAGGAGUCGUCUCCCUGGGUCCUGCCUCGGUGAAGUCGCUGGUACUAACAAUCAAGCCAUCGGACAUCAAGUUUCGAGUAGGAAUCUCGUAAUCGGAAACGUCAAGGCAUUGCUGUAGAGCGAAUAAUUUGAUUUUUUUUUGACGUGUUUUUGCCUAAAGAAUCGAGCCAGGGAAUAUCCUUGAUGUCGAUUUCUUUAUAUUGUCACCCUAGUGCCCAUUCACAACAAUUGAUUCCUCAUUUAAAUUAAGAAAAAAACAUGCAUAUUUUAUUUUUGCAUGCGCAAUUUAAAGAUUUCUACUGUAAAUAAGCAUGCUUACUAGGGCGAAAGAGAUGAAGGGAGACAGCUGGGACAUUUAUGCGUAGAAAUACAACUGAAGGCUGUAUUAACUUUAACCGCGUUUUUAUUGAGAAGCAACUCAUCGAACAUUA